UCUCCUGAUUGGUCAGGAGUCCCAGUGGGCAGGUCAUGAGAGUAAAUAAAUACAGAGAGCAGCCUGUCAGUAACUCACUUCCAUCCACCUCACUACAACCAUCAACCAUUGCUGAAACUGUUUUCCAGCAAAGAUUCCCGACUAAGAAACAGAAGAAAAGCGGGUUUUUCAUUUUGAAGGGAGAAAGGUUGUCAUGUCUUUCGAGGUGAAGGAGAAGACUGAGGUGCGUCUGGUGUUUCUGGGGGCAGGUGGAGUUGGGAAGACGGCCCUCAUCCAGCGGUUCCUUAAGGACACCUUUGAGCCAAAGCACCGGCGUACGGUGGAGGAGCUCCACAGGAAGGAGUAUGAGGUGGGAGGAAUCAAAGUCACCAUCAACAUCAUGGAUACCAGCGGCAGCUACUCCUUCCCUGCCAUGCGGAAGCUCUCCAUCAGGAACAGUGACGCCUUCGCUCUGGUCUAUGCCGUAGAUGACCCAGACUCCCUUGAAGCCAUCAAGAGACUGCGAGAAGAAAUCCUGGAAGUCAAGGAGAACAAAUGCACCCCAAUUGUGGUGAUUGGCAACAAGAUCGACCGACACAAUGAGCGCCGGGUGUCGAGCGAGGACGUGCUGUCCAAAGUGGAGCUGCACUGGAACCAUAUCUUCUUAGAGUCAUCGGCGAAGGACAACGUCAACGUGAUGGAGGCCUUCAGGGAGCUGCUGCAGCAGGCCAACCUGCCCAGUCAGAUCAGUCCGGCUCUCUGCCGGAGGCGGGAAACCUUCCCCAAAGAGAGCAGCAAACGGCCCCCCAUGAACAAGACCAACAGCUGCAUCAUCGCGUAAGGACGGAGGACAAAUCCCAGGCUCAAAGGUUCUCAAGACAAAACAGACUGUGAAUGUCAAGAACUUUUAAUGUGAAAACCCUGGAAGAAUGGAAGAUAUUCAUUUAAAAUGUUUCUAAUUGUGGUUGCUUGUUAUUUUUUUCUUGUUCUUUUUUAUUUUUUAGAAGCGACCAUGCUUUUUUGUCUACAAGUGGCGGUUUUAUGGCUCAAGAGAUUUUGAACGUCUAAAUAUCGGUCUUGUUUUCAAACCGAAGCCGGAACGAGCAUCAAAGUGUAAUCUAUCACCUGCAACACAUAAAAAGCCAUUAGUGGUGAUUUUAACGUAUUUAAAUAGAAGCUGCUAAAUAAAGGUGCCCUUUCAAAACCUUCCCACUGCUACAUGUUGGCUUUUCUCAAUGUGAAGUAUCUUACAAGGGUUUAUUUCUGAUCAAUAAUAAAAACUUUUAAAAACCAACCUUAUAGUGUUGUUGUCAGCUUGAUGUUAGAGAACAAACAAAAACAAGGAUUCUGUUUGUUUAAAGGGCACCAGCAAGUCACAUAAAAGUCCCAUUAACCUUCAUCUGAUUGAAAAAUGUAAGUUUUCUGUCAAACUUCACACACACACACAAACAUCUGGAAUAGCAAAUCUAUCAAAAUAAAACAAAGCAAAACCUCAAAUUUCUGCAUGUGCAUGUGAUUAAGAUAGUAAUAUAUACUUAGAUAACUAACUUUCCAAUGUAAGCUAAUAUUGAUCUUGUUGGGUCGGACUUUGUCAACAUUGAUCUCCCUUCUUGAGAGCAGCGCUGGCCAAACCAGACCGGUGAGUUUAGAUGAUAGCUGCCACAUCUGUGCACGUUCCUCUGGCACCCACACAUCUUCAUUUAUUUCAUUUUGAAACGGAAAUUCAAAAUCUCA